CGGUGGUUUUGUGCAAAUUAUUUAUGUGUAAAGUAAACCAGUUUUUUUAACGUUGAUAGCUGUAGACUACUAUGUCUUCUUUUAAUCUUGACCAUAAGACAGUUUUCGUGUUGGACCACGGACCUACAUUAACAGAAUCGUCGAAGCAAAAUGUGGAUUUUGACAUAUUUUCAAAAGCACGACCACAGGGUGUUGUUCCAUUAGCGCCAGUGUCGAAAUCCUUAUGGACAUGUUGUAUGGAAGCAUUGUGUGAAUACAGUAGGGUGGUUUGGGAUAUUUUUCCUGGGGAGAAAUUUCUACGAUAUGUGGUCAGCGAUUCAACGUCAACUUUUCUUAACUCGUGGAAACAUGAAGAGCAAAGUAUGAGCCAUUUGAUGACAAAAUUGGCUGGGAUUGGUCCACCACUGAAGAGUUCCGAUUGCAGCGUUAUUCUUGGCCUUGUAUCAGCUGUAGCAGCUCUAUGUGAAGCAACUGAAAUCCAGCAGCAAACGAUUACAGAACACCCGGGACAUAUCAUUGAAAAUAGUGGGAGGAUUGUCUGCAUAACGCAGCUGAAAAAUGACAGCCAUAGAAGAUCAUUGGAGGAAUGCGUGGCUGAAGCAAUGAAGCAACAUAACAAGUUGUCCGAAUCAUCUGGUAUUCUCAAAAUUUCAUCAAUUGAGCUCGUACUCGUGCAUGUGAAGUCUUUUGGUUCUGAUUGUGAGGUCACAGAGCUGCGUCAUGUUCUCCCAAACCACCCAAGCGUAACGACCGAGGUUCAUGACGUGAAAGCAACACGACACGGGAUCGCGAUUGGGAAUCGAAUGCUUAACUUGCUGCAGAAACAUUACAAUUUAUCCGUAACAAGCAUAACAGGGAUACCUAUGAAGGAAGAACAACACGCAAACAGCUCAGCCAACUACGAUGUGCUUCUAAUGCAUGAGAGACUGACCGGUACCAUGAAUCGGGCAAAGAUUGACGUUUCCGACAACGAACUUACAUCUUCUAUGUCGUUGAAGUGGUGCACACCAAAGAUUAAUGUUAAUGAGUUAUACCAUUGUACUGGAGCUGCAAGGAUAAGUCCUGUAGAUGUAAACAGUAGACCUUCCCUUUGUUUGACAAACUUCUUAUUAAAUGGGCGGUCGGUCCUUCUUGAUCAUUGGCAGAAAAGUGGGGAGGCUGGUGGUGGAUCGGUGUCAAGUGGGUCAAAGAACACACACAUGAUAUCAUGCUGUGGUUCAGAUAUAUUCCUCCAUGCAUUAGAUGUAUACAGAGUCCCAUUCGAAGACCCUCCUUCCAUUUCUGAUGGUCCUGGUGGGAGAGUGACCGAUUACCGAAUUAAUGAUUUCACUGAGCUUGCAAAGAAAGCUGAACUUCUGCCUAUUGGACACAGAUUAAAGUCAGUAGGAAAUGAACCGAUCAAUUUAUCGAUGAAACUACUUGAUAGAAUGUCCAAGCAGUGGCCGCUUGUUUUCUCAAAAACUAUUGUAUAUAAUAUGAAGCAAGCAGAACCCCUGUUACAAAUUAUAACAAAGGAAAUUAUAAGCGAUGAUGAAGUGGUAAAUUGCCAACGAGUUAUUUAUCAUUUGAUUUCGAUGGAGAAAGAUGGAACAGCGCUCCCGGUGUCAGGUUCAACGACUCGGGGACCAAAUAAACACAAACGUGAGGAGCAAUACAAAUCGAUGUGGAAUGAGUUAGAAGGCCUGCUACGUUUGCAUUCAACUAUUUCUGCCAAUCAUAAGCAAGUGUUGGACUGUUUGUUGAAAUGCACGGGGAAGGAAUCAGAAAAUGGGAACGAGGAGAAACCACAAGCAAAGUUUAGGGUAUCGACAAAAGAAGAAGUAUUUGAAUCACCAGAGUCGCCCCCUCCAGUUAAAAAGAUGAAAAAUGAAUCAGAAAUGGCCAUUCGGCCUUCUAAAGGUGCGCAGUCUAUUCUUAGCAUGUGGCAGAACCACAUGGAUAACCAGAACUCCCAGUUUCAUGUCGAGUUUUGUGGAAGACUGACAUCAGACAGCAAUAAAGCAAGAUUGUAUCCAGAUAUUGAAGAUGAAGUAAGCCAGGUACAGGCAGCUUCAUCACAAGAUAAGAAUGAUCGAAGUGGAAUGAGGCGUGGCGGUGGUAGUGGUGGACACAGAUUUGGAUCUUUUCAUCGUGGAUCAAGACAAGAUCAAGGGAAGAGUGGAAGGUCUACUCCAACAUCUCAUAUGAAACAGAAAGCCAUGAAAAAGAUGAACAAACCAUAUUCUCCAAAGACCUGAUAAAUCGUUUAAAAAAGUGUUAUUUUUUGUCUUUUCUUAGUACUACUCACAUGUGGAUUUUCAUUCCGCUUGUUUGUGUUUGAAGAGAGUUAUCAACGAGGAAUUUUGGUCACAGCGAGCAUAAAACUGUUUAUUCUUUCAUUAGGUAAUCGGGUCUUAACGAAGUUAUACGAUACUGGUUUGUUGAUUGCAAUUUAAUAAAAUAAAACUUCUAUAUAAAGGAAUUAAAAUACACAAA